GCAUCGCUUUGUUACUCGUUUUUUCCACCUGAAAACUCUAUAUAACCACAGAAUAUAUAUUUUCAAAAAGACACAUAAAAUUCUGAUACCAAUGUGCUUUUACGGACCCCUCUCGGCCAUCAAAAAUAUCCUGCUCGCAGGCUCGCAGAAGUCCUGCCUGCUGAUCCUAGGAUUGGAUAAUGCUGGAAAAUCCACCUUGACAGCGCACCUUUCAGGAUUCUUUAAUGGCCUUUCCAAAGAGUCUAACAAGCAGGCCAGUGAAUGGAGCUUAGCCAUCAGUAACCACAAAGUGAAGUUGUGGGAUAUAAACGGAGAACUGAAGAACAGACAAGUCUGGCCGAAUUACUACAAGAAGGCAAAGGUCUUGGUUUUCGUACUGGACAGCACGGAUGCAGUGCGGCUGGGCGAGGCUCGCUGUGUACUGUGCGAUGUCCUGAUGCACCAGGAGCUGAACAGAGCGCCCCUGCUCAUAGUGUCCAACAAGAAGGACUCCCCGGGAUCCCUGCCACUAUCCACAGUGAUCGAUUUAAUGGGUCUGGAUCACUUGGAUGGUCGGGUUUGGGCCAUCAAGGAGUGCUCAAUGCAGACGGGCUUGGGAGUUCAGGGUGUUGUGAACUGGAUAACCAACGAGAUCCGUAGGAAGAAGUGAUUUAUCAUGUUUUACAUAUUUUGAUAUUCUCAGAAAGUAGCCAUAUAUAUUCAUCAAUAUAGAGCCAUAAUAAACAAGCUAAUGAUUCAUUUGC